ACAACAGAGCGGGUGCCGCCGCCGCCGCUGCACUUCCUGCGCGCUCCCUGCCCGCCCCGCUUAUUCCCCCCCCCCGCUCCCUUCAACCCCACCUCCCCCCCCCCCCCCCCCUUCCCGACGCUUCGGGCCGUUACCCUCCCCGCUCCCUCGGCGGGACCUGCGGGGGACGGAGAUGGCUCCUUCGGGGAAAGUUGGCGCGGCAGCCGCCGCCGUGCCGUGAGAGGAGCGCGGCGGGGCGACGUCCGUCCGCGUUCCUGCCCCCCCACCCCUCCAACCCGGCCUCUCGGCGGCACCGGAGAAGUUGACAGCGCUCGGCGGGGCGAUGGCAGAGGCUGUCGGCAGCAAGGAGCAGCCGGCGGCGGGCCGUGCCCCUCCUGACGCCGCUCACCGUGCCGAGGAGGAGCCCGAGCCCGCUUCGCUGGACGCCCCGGCCGCUGGACGGAGGCGGGAACGCCGUAGCGGCAUCUCAGCCGUCGGUACCACCGAGCGCUACCUGACAGCGGCGGCACCGCCCGACCCCGACACUUGCCUACUGGAAGCGGCCAAGGCUACCCCGCGGAGGAGCAGCAUUAUCAAGGAUCCUUCGAACCAGAAAUGUGGGAGAAAGAAAACAGUGUCCUUCAGCAGCAUGCCAUCAGAGAAGAAAAUAAGCAGUGCCAGCGACUGCAUCAGCUUCAUGCAGGCUGGGUGUGAGCUGAAGAAAGUUCGUCCAAAUUCCCGGAUUUAUAACCGUUUUUUCACUCUGGAUCCUGACCUGCAGGCUCUUCGUUGGGAGCCUUCCAAAAAGGACCUUGAGAAAGCCAAGCUUGAUAUUUCUGCUAUAAAAGAAAUCAGACUUGGGAAGAACACAGAAACGUUCAGGAACAAUGGGCUCGCAGACCAGAUCUCGGAGGACUGUGCGCUGUCGGUGAUUCAUGGAGAGAACUACGAGUCCCUGGACUUGGUUGCCAAUUCUGCUGAUGUGGCCAAUAUUUGGGUAUCAGGAUUAAGGUAUUUGGUGUCUCGGAGCAAACAACCUUUGGAUUUGAUGGAAAGCGGCCAUAACACCCCACGGUUUGCCUGGCUAAAAACUGUAUUUGAAGCGGCGGAUGUGGAUGGGAAUGGCAUCCUGUUAGAAGAUACGGCCGUGGAGCUAAUAAAGAAACUUAACCCCACCUUAAAGGAAUCAAAGAUUAGAUUAAAAUUUAAGGAGAUCCAGAAGAGCAAAGAGAAGCUGACGACGCGAGUCACAAAAGAGGAAUUUUGUGAAGCAUUCGGCGAACUUUGCACAAGGCCCGAAGUUUAUUUCUUGCUGGUGCAGAUCUCUAAAAACAAAGAGUAUCUCGAUGCCAAUGACCUCAUGCUGUUUCUAGAGGCUGAGCAAGGGGUGGCCCACAUCACAGAAGAGAUGUGUUUAGAUAUUAUACGCAGGUAUGAGCUUUCUGAAGAAGGCAGGUUGCAAGGUUUCCUUGCCAUCGAUGGAUUUACUCAGUACUUGCUGUCCCCGGAAUGUGACAUUUUUGACCCAGAGCACAAAAAAGUCGUCCAAGACAUGACCCAGCCUUUGUCACAUUACUACAUCAAUGCCUCCCACAACACAUACCUUAUAGAAGACCAGCUCAGAGGGCCAGCUGAUAUCAAUGGUUAUGUCAGAGCUCUGAAGAUGAGCUGCCGGAGCAUCGAAGUCGACGUCUGUGACGGCCCAGACAACGAACCCAUCGUUUGCAACCGCAACAACAUGAGCUCGCCGAUUGCCUUUAGGAACGUGGUGGAGGUCAUCAACAAAUUGGCCUUUUUUGCCUCAGAAUACCCCCUCAUCCUCUGCUUGGGCAACCACUGCUCGCUGGAGCAGCAGAAGGUAGCGGUACAGCACAUGAAAAGGAUCUUUGGAAGCAAACUCUACACGGAGGCACCUUUAUCCUCAGAAGCCUACCUCCCCUCCCCUGAGAAACUGAAAAUGAAGAUUAUUGUGAAGGGGAAGAAGCUGCCCUGCGACCAGGAUAUCUUAGAGGGAGAAGUCACAGAUGAAGACGAAGAGGCUGAAAUAUCCCGGAGGCUGUCAGAGGACUUCUCGAGGGAACCGAAGCUGAUCUGGCUCUGCAGGGAACUGUCUGACUUGGUGUCCCUAUGCAAAUCUGUCCAAUACAAAGACUUUGAGACCUCCAUGAAAGCUCAGAACUAUUGGGAAAUGUGCUCCUUCAGCGAGGCAGAGGCCAGUCGGAUAGCGAACGAAUACCCUGAAGAUUUUGUCAACUACAACAAAAAGUUUCUGUCCAGGGUCUACCCAAGUGCCAUGAGGAUAGACUCCAGUAACUUAAAUCCUCAAGAUUUCUGGAACUGUGGUUGCCAGGUGGUGGCGAUGAACUAUCAGACCCCAGGGCCCAUGAUGGACCUACACACUGGGUGGUUUCUCCAGAACGGGGGGUGCGGGUAUGUUCUCAGGCCUUCAGUCAUGCGUGAGGAAGUGUCUUACUUCAGCGCCAACACCAAGGGCAUUGUCCCCGGGGUCUCUCCCCAAGUCCUACACGUCAAAAUAAUCAGUGGUCAGAACUUCCCAAAGCCCAAGGGGGCAUGUGCUAAAGGGGAUGUGAUAGACCCCUACGUCUGCAUAGAAAUACACGGAAUUCCCGCAGACUGCACCGAACAAAGAACUAAAACUGUUCAGCAAAACAGCGAUAACCCCAUUUUUGAUGAAAGCUUUGAGUUCCAGAUCAACCUCCCGGAGCUGGCCAUGAUCCGUUUCGUUGUUUUGGAUGAUGACUACAUAGGGGAUGAGUUCAUAGGGCAGUACACCAUCCCCCUGGAGUGCCUGCAGCCCGGGUACAGGCACAUCCCCCUGCGGUCUUUCGUUGGGGACAUCAUGGAGCACGUCACCCUCUUUGUUCACAUCGCCAUAACCAACCGGAGCGGCGGUGGGAAGGCCCAAAAGCGCAGCCUCUCCGUCAGGAUAGGGAAGAAGGCCAGGGAGUACACCAUGCUGAGGAACACCGGGCUCAAGACCAUCGAUGACAUCUUCAAGGUGGCAGUGCACCCACUGAGAGAGGCCACUGACAUGAGGGAAAACAUGCAGAACGCCAUGGUGUCCGUCAAGGAGCUGUGCGGGCUGCCACCCAUCGCCAGCCUGAAGCAGUGCAUCCUGACCCUGUCCUCCCGCCUCCUCAGCAGCGACAGCACCCCCUCUGUCACCCUCUGCAUGAAGGACGCCUUCCCCUACCUGGAGCCUCUGGGGACCGUGCCCGACGUGCAGAAAAAGGUCCUGGCGGCGUAUGACCUGAUGAUUCAAGAGAGCAGGGUCCUCAUCGAGACAGCAGACAUCACCCAUGAGAAGAUUGUUCAGUGCCAGAAAGCAGGAAUGGAAUUCCACGAAGAGCUUCAUAACCUCGGGACAAAGGAAGGUUUGAAAGGAAGAAAAUUAAGCAAAGCCAUUGAGAGUUUUGCAUGGAAUAUCACAGUGCUGAAGGGCCAGGGAGAUCUCCUGAAGAACGCCAAGAACGAAGCUCUGGAGAACAUGAAGCAGAUCCAGCUGGCGUGCCUGUCCUGUGGACUGAGCAAAGCUGGGAGCGGGCAGGCAGACACCAAGUCCAAGCGGUGCCUGGAGGCGAUACAGGAGAAGGACACUGGAGAUGAGAACGGGAGGCUGUGAGGGGGGGGAGGACCCUCCUCUUUGUCACAGAUUUCAGUAACUCUAAACUAUUUUUAAAGCGUUUAAAAGUUCACACAGGAAUGCCCUCUACAGGGUGUUGAUAGUAUUAAAAUCCUCACACUUGUCAGUAUUUUAAUGCAGUUAAUUUCUCCGAGUUAGACUCUGGUAGUGAGAUUUCUAAUGAAGCCGAGCUGUCUGUCUGCACAGGCAGGGGUGUGUGUGUCCACACAUGCAAAUCCUGCAGAUGCCCUUUCAUGCAUCACAUUAUCCAUCUGCUAAUUUGUUCCUUCCUCAUCUUCCAAUAGCCCUGUUCAUUCUGAAGAUCAGAACAAAUAGAGAGCUACUUGUAUCAGUUCUGUGAUUUAUUUUACUCUCCGGCUUUUAUCGUUUAACUUCUAGGUUACACUCCUGGUAACGCUGUUGAAACAAACAAAACACAACAGCAAAUGUCUCCCACAGCUGUUUUUUUGGGAGGGCAAAACCAGUGGUGUGUUGUGGAUCCUGAAGGUAACGUUGUUUUUUUUUUUUUUAACGAACAAUUCAAACUAAGUAAGCAAGAGAUUAAGUGCUCAGAGUUUUGCUGGGUAGGUUCUGGUUAGAGUUGAGGUGAACAUUUUGCUGUAUUUCAGCAAACUGCUUCUUAAGGUGCACCCGGGUAGCAGAGAGGAAGGUAAGAACAAGCUGAGCUGUGUCAUGCCAGUUAAGCAUUGCUAUCAUGUAGAUCUGUGGGACAGCUCCAGUCUUUGAUGGUAGGCAUUAAUUUGUGUGACCAGAGUUAGUCCUGUAGUUAAAAAGGGGAGCCAUAAAUAUCCUCUGGUGAUCAUGAGCUCUGGAGGAGAACUUAUGAAACACCCAGUGGUGCCAGGAGGAAGGUUUUACAGAUUUCCCAAACUCUGAGAUCUUGUGCAAGAGGUCAGGUCUCAACUGCUGCCUUUUGCUGUAGGUGUUGAAGUCAGCUGGGUGAAGCAAGCAGGCAGGGAGGAUGGAGUAGAUAAUCUACAAGAACCCUUCCAACCUAAGCCAUUGUAAGAUUCUGUGAUUAUUCUAUGCUCUGGCUUGGUGUUGAUGUGGUUGAGGAUCAGAAAUCUGGAGUGAGGCUGCAGAACUGCCACAGAUGUAGUGCAGAGAAACACCUUGGGCAGGGGGAAAAACCCCAGUGCCAGGGUGUGUGUGCAGCAGCUACCAACAUCCUGACAUGUGUCAUACAUUUAGGGUAGUUGAGAGAAUUGUUUGCCCUCUUGUCCCACUGAAGAAAGGAGAUGGAGAAUGUCACAAAGCAAUGUGUCCCUGUCCCUCCCAGUGUCCAGCUCAUGUAUGCUCACAACAUUCAUUUCAAUUGUUUUAAGUACUGUGUUUGGGUGUUGUAUUUGUGUUACGUUUAACAGGACUAAGUGUUUUAUGGUUAUAUAUAAAAAAAAGACUAUAUUUAUUUAAAGCAUUGCUUUUAUUUUGAAAAGCUACUUUUAAAAUUAAUUUGAUUAACAAAUAUGCUAAUUUUCUGAACUUAACAAAAAGUAAUUGCUGAGAGUUUGACCAUUGGAGAAUCUUAUAUAGCUAUUGUGUUAAGUUAUUUUUGACUUCUUAAUAACACUAUUAUGUUCAUGUUGCACAUUACUGAGAGAGUAAAGCUAUAAAACAACUUUGA